AUGGCACCUGCAGCCCUCACGGCGGAGCAGUACCCGCCAUCUCUCAAACAGGCAGAAAGGGAUGAUCUCGUCCAGACCAUCAAGGACUGGUCGAUCGGGCAUGGCCUUGCCGUGCGGCCCCAGCCGUCCGUUGUCUCGAGCGACGUCGACCCCAAGAGCAUGCUCGCCAUCAAUGUGCCUGUUACGCUCUUCCCGAGCCCCUUCCCCAGGCAAUGCUUCGAGCAGGCGAGGACGGUGCAGAAGACGUACAACGAGCUCUAUGCCGCCAUCAGCAGGGAUGAGGAGUUCCUCGCUGAUGCCGUGAAGGAGGUCCGAGACGGAGAUGAGUUUACGACGAGCCUGUGGGACAUCCACCUCAAGGUCAAGGAAGAAGGCUACACGCAAAACCUGUCCCUUGGCCUGUUCAGGUCAGACUACCUGGUUCACCAAGACGAAGAAGGUCAGCGCCAAGUGAAGCAGGUCGAGUUCAACACGAUCGCAGCCUCUUUUGGCGGCCUGUCGUCCCAGACGAGCCUCCUCCACAAAUUCUUGGCCUCUGCCGAAUACCCCCUCCUCGAGAAAGCCAUCCCUACAGGCACGCUCGAUCUGCCGGAGAACGACAGCGCCAGGGGCCUCGCGGCAGGUAUACGCGCGGCGCACGAUGCGUACGGCGCAUCCGAGCUCGGCCAUGAGCGCUGCGUCCUCUUCAUCGUGCAAGACGGCGAGCGCAACGUCUUUGACCAGCGGCACAUCGAGUACGCGCUGACAGAGACGGCAUCGCCGAUCCGCGUCUUCCGGCUGCCGUCCUCGCAGAUCCUGCAGCACACGACUGUUGCCGACACGGCCAAGCGCCAGCUCCUCUACCACCUGCCCCGCAACGCAUCGCGGGUCUUUGAGGUGUCGGUCGCCUACCUCCGCUUCGGCUACGGGCCGGACGACUACCCCGACCAGCGAGCGUGGGACGCGCGCCACCACCUCGAGAGGUCGGCGGCCAUCAAGUGCCCCACGAUCCUCAGCCAGGUGGCCGGCACGAAGAAGGUGCAGCAGGUGCUCGCGACGCCCCCGCCGGCGUCGGGCGCGGCGCCUUCGAUCCUCGGCCGCUUCCUCCCCGACGACGGCGCGACGACGGCGGCCGUGCGGCGGACCUUCACCAACAUGUUCCCCAUGGACACGUCGGCGGCGGGCCUCGAGGCGCGGCGGCGCGCGCGCGACCCGCGGCUGUGCCUCGACUACGUGCUCAAGCCGCAGCGCGAGGGCGGCGGCAACAACCACUACCGCGGCGACAUUCCGGCGUUCCUCGACGCGACGCCCGAGGCGGGCUGGGGCGCGUACAUUCUCAUGGAGCUCAUCACGCCGCCGCGCCAGGCCAACGUCAUCCUGCGCAACGGCGCGCUCGAGGCCGGCGGCGUCGUCUGCGAGCUCGGCAUCUACGGCACGUGCCUGUGGGACCAGGCGACGGGCGCCGUCCUGCGCAACGAGGAGGCCGGCUGCCUGCUGCGCACCAAGGGGGACACGAGCAACGAGGGCGGCGUGGCGGCCGGGUUUGGGUGCAUGGACAGCCCGAGCUUGGUGUAG